AUGGAACCAGCAGACCUCCGCCUCCUGACCCUAAACUGCUGGGGCCUAAAAUACAUCUCCAAACUCCGCCCAGAACGCCUCUCGGAAAUAGGUCACCGCAUCCUCUCCCUCCCCAACCCGCCACACAUCGUCGCCCUCCAGGAGUGCUGGGUCACCUCCGACUACGACUCCAUCCGGACCACCCUCGCCCCGAUCCUCCCCCACGCCAAGUUCUACUACUCGGGCCCCUUCGGCGGCGGCCUCGCCAUCCUCUCAAAAUGGCCCAUCCUCGAGUCCUCCAUGCACCGCUACCCCCUCAACGGCCGGCCCACCGCCUUCUGGAGGGGCGACUGGUACGUCGGCAAGGGCAUCGCGUGCGCGCGGAUCCGUAUCCGCGUCGGCGACGGCGAUGAUGUGAGGGAACAGACGCUCAGCAUCUUCAACACCCACACUCACUCGCCCUACACCGAGAACCAGCCGGGCGACAGCUACCUCGCGCACCGCCUGGCGCAGUCGUGGGAGAUGUCGAAACUGCUCCGCGCCGCCGCUGAACGGGGCCACCUCGUCCUCGCCAUGGGCGACUUCAACAUGCGGCCCCUGACGCUCCCGCACCGUAUCAUCACGGCCCACGCGCCCGUCCGCGACGCCUGGCGCGCGCUGCACCCGGACUCUUCUCUCGGAGCGGCCGAAGACGCUCUGGAAAAGGCACGAGGCCGGCCGCCUCCCACGGCCGAGUUCAAUCUGCUCGAGAACGGCGCCACGUCAGACGGGUCCUUCAACACCUGGCGGUGGCCCGCGGAGUUGCAGAAGAAGCUCGGCCCCGGGAACGAGCCGAUCGUGAUCCCGCCGGACACAAUCGACCGCAAGGGCAAGCGGCUGGACUACGUCUUCUUCGGUGGUCCUCUGGACGCCGACGGCGCGGGCUGGGUCGUCCGCGAGGCCCAGGUCGGCAUGGUCGAGCCGCACCCGACGCUCGGCUGCUCCCUGAGCGAUCACUUCUCCGUCGAGGCGACGUUGACGUAUUGUUCUCCUACAGCAGCAUCUCGCAGGGACUCCAACGUCUCCGCUCAACUCGAGCCCAUCCUCCCGCAGGACCUAACCCUCUCGAGCGCCGAGUAUGACGAGAUCCUGUCAGUGACGCGCGAGUACGUGCAGCGCGAGGAGAAGCAGCGGUAUUGGAGGGGCGUGCACUUCUUCGCGUGGUUCGCUGUCCUGAUCGGGUGCCUCAUGGGCGUCUGGUGGAGUCCGCAUAACUUCGUGGCCUUCAUUCUCAUGCUUCUGAGCAGCUUCGGGCUGGUCGCUGGCGUGAUCGACGGUCUCAUGUCGCUGUUGUUCUUCAACACCGAGUUGAGGGCGCUCAACGAGUUUGAGUGGGAGAUAACUAAUGUCAAGGCCAGGGCUCAGCGUAACUCUACGGAGUCUGGGAAGAGGGACAAGCCUUUUUGA